ACCAGCAGGGUCCGCAGGCGAUUGUUCGGUCCAAAGUCUGCCCUAUGAGCCUAUGAGAAGGAACGCGUCGCUGGAGCGAAGCUGGCUGGCUAUUGGCUCAAAACCGUGGGAUCGUUCACCGUCGAGAUGCUGUCCGCCAGGCUGACGUGCGCAUGGGGUCGGCUGGGUAAAGCGCGGUCGCGGCAGAGCUGCCCGGUCGCACCGAAGCAGCGGGUACGCUCGCCCAGUUACAGCACCGCGGCGGCGCCCAACAAGGCCCCCUCUUUUAGCUACGUGAUAGUCGGGGCCGGCUCUGCGGGCUGCGUGUUGGCCAACCGGCUCACGGAGAACCCCGAUCGCUCGGUGCUCCUUCUCGAGGCGGGGCCGAAGGACCUGGUGCUCAACAGCACGCGUCUGACCUGGAAGAUCCAUAUGCCGGCAGCCCUGGUCUACAACUUAUGUGACGACAAGUAUAACUGGUUCUACCACACCGAGCCCCAGCGGCACAUGGACGAGAGGGUGCUCUACUGGCCCCGGGGCCGCGUCUGGGGUGGUUCCUCGUCCCUCAACGCCAUGGUGUAUGUGCGAGGCCAUGCCGAGGACUACAACCGUUGGCAGCGCGAGGGUGCCGCCGGAUGGGACUACGAGCGCUGUCUGCCCUACUUUCGAAAGGCCCAGACUCAUGAGCUCGGAGCCGACCGCUACCGGGGGGGCGGCGGACCCCAGCACGUCUCACGCGGCAAGACGGAGCACCCGCUGCACCGCGCCUUCAUCGAGGCGGGCCAGCAGGCAGGGUACCCCUUCACGGAUGACAUGAACGGCUACCAACAGGAAGGAAUAGGCUGGAUGGACAUGACCGUCUACAAAGGAAAGAGAUGGAGCACCGCCAGUGCCUACCUGCGCCCGGCGCUCUCCAGACCUAACCUGACCGCCGAGGUCCGCUGCCUCGCUACCAGGGUCAUGUUCCAAGGCACUAGAGCCAUCGGGGUUGAGUAUGUGCAGGAUGGACAGAAGAAGACGGCGUUCGCUGAAAAGGAGGUCAUUCUCAGCGGAGGAGCCAUAAACUCGCCGCAGCUCCUCAUGCUGUCGGGGGUCGGCGACGCGGACGACCUGAGAAAACUGGACAUUCCUAUUGUGUCUCACCUCCCAGGGGUUGGCAGGAACCUCCAGGACCACUUGGAGCUGUACGUGCAGCAGGAGUGCAAAAAGUCCAUCACCCUCUACCAGGCCCAGCAACCCCUCCACAUGCUGAAGAUCGGCAUUGAGUGGCUGCUCAAAUACACAGGUUACGGCGCCACCGCUCACCUGGAGAGCGGAGGUUUUAUUCGGAGUCGUGCCGGCGUCACACACCCAGACAUACAGUUCCACUUUCUUCCGUCCCAGGUCAUAGAUCAUGGCCGGGUGACCCCUAAAAUAGAGGCCUACCAGGUUCAUGUUGGACCCAUGAGAAGUACAAGUAUAGGAUGGCUGAAGCUCAGGACUGCCAACCCGCUGGAUCAUCCAAUCAUUGAGCCCAACUACCUCUCCACAGAUGUAGACGUCUGGGAGUUCCGCCAGUGUGUGAAGCUCUCAAGGGAGAUCUUUGCUCAGAAGGCCUUCGAUGAGUUCCGUGGACGGGAGGUGCAGCCAGGGAGCCGUGUCCAGUCGGACCAAGAGAUCGAUGCCUUUGUGAGGCAGAAAGCGGACAGUGCCUACCACCCCUCCUGCACGUGCAAGAUGGGGCAGCCCACAGACCCAGCUGCUGUGGUGGACCCAGACGCACGGGUAUUGGGCGUGGAAAAUCUGCGGGUGGUGGACGCCUCCAUCAUGCCCAGUGUAGUUAGUGGGAACCUCAAUGCCCCCACCAUUAUGAUGGCAGAGAAGAUUGCCGACGCCAUCAAAGGCCUCCCUCUGCUGCUCGAUGAAAACGUCCCCGUUUACAAACCCCCAUCCCUGGAGACGCAGCGCUGAGCCUAGGUCCUCCAUUUCCUGGGGUUUCCCAGGGAAAAUAGGGCAUACAUUUCUAAAAGUCUUACACUACUUUUUUAGAAUGAUAACAGCCAAUCUGGAGAUUUAUUACAUAAUUAAAACUAACUCAGUUUUAAAUAUUAUGCAGUAUCAGUUGUUUACAAUGCAAAUUAUUCUGCAUGACGUUAUUAAAAGAAUGUAAACUGAAAUGUAACAACAAGUUCUUAUAAGAAAGUUUCAAGAACGAUGAACCGAAUGUGAUGUGCCCUCGCUUGUGUUAUACAGAGUGUCCGAUUUGUUUACCGCAAGAACAGAAAUGGGAGACUCUGGAACAAAUCGUGUGCUUCACAAGCAUUAUAAUAAUCUUGUUGAUGUAAAGCACUCUUUGUAUUUUCUCUUAGAUGAAUAUCAAUCUGGAGAAAAAGCAUCUGCUAA